CGCCCCGGCCCGGUAUAAAGCGAGCGAGCAGCGCACCGAGCCCCGCGCACGGCGGGCGGGACGCGGCGCUGCCACCAUGCCCCUGUCUCAGAGCAGGGCUGGGCAGAUGCCAUGCAGCAGCAAGGUGUGCAGGAACCUCUUCGGGCCUGUGGACCACCAAGAGCUUCUGAACGACCUGCAGGGCAUGAUGAGGCAGCACCUGGAAGAGGCUCAGCAGCGCUGGAACUUCAACUUCGAGACAGAGACUCCCCUAGAAGGACAAUUCAAGUGGGAGAGAGUCUUCCAGGAUGAGCAGGAGGUCCACAGCCUGGUCAGUGCCAUCAGUGAGGACAGGAGCUCCAGGGUCCCCCCCAAGGACCACCCUGGCAGGAUUUGCCCCGAGGGGGCUGAGCAGAGCCUGGGGGUUUACAAGGCUGCUUCUCCACACGGCCUGAAGCGUGGGCAGGCAACUAUCAAAGACUUCUACAGCUCCAAACGGAGGCUGGUCCCGGAGAAGCCCAAGCCUGACAAGCCCAAGCCGUGACCUCUGCCACUGGGGACAGCUCCUGAUGUGCCCUGGAGGUGUGGUCCUCUUCCCCCAGCCUGCCCUGUGUCUGUAUGAAGCAAUGUAGAGUCUGUAGUUCCCUAUUUAUGAGUAGCUCUGGGGUCCUGAGGGACCUCCACUGUGUGCAAUGUGUAGGAGUAGCCCACGCUGAGGUUUGCAGCCCCACGGAGGAGACGGUGGAGGACUGGAAUGGGAAUGGUGGGACUAAGGCCUGCAGAGAAGAAAGGGGCCAGGAGUCAUCCCUGCAUCCUCCUGCUGCCCAGCUGUGGUCCUUGCCCUGCAAAGGGGGACCUGUUGUGUGCCAGUCGCCUGCUGGCACUGGAUGCCUUUGAAGAGUCACCACCAUGGACGGUGGGGCCCUGGGACAGCCUGGCCCUGAGGACACGCUGGCUGCUGGCACAUGGUGGUGGCCUUCUUCUGAGCUGGGUGGACCCAGCAGUGGCAGGUCCUUGUCCACGAGUGGCAGCAGAGCAGGGAGGGAGCUGCUCGGGGGAGGAAGCAGCGACCCCCGCACAGCCCUUCCCUCGGGAGGCUCUCCAGGGCCCUCGAACGCUGCUGCAGGUAGUGCCAGACCCUCUUGGAGGUCCUCAGUGCUGAGCUCACUGCGGCACCAGCACUGCCUGGGAGCCUUCUGCAGUCCUCUGGCCUCUGCUGCCCACUCCCUGCCCGGCUGUGGGAUGCUGCCUGCCCCACGCUCUGCUGCCUCCGGUGCUGGUCCAGGCUGCGGAGCUGCAGCUUGGCUGGAGGGAGUCCUGCUCAGCGGCAAGGGUGGGACCAAGAGGUCCGAUGGUAGCUUGCUCUUCUGGGCUGUCUCCUCUGGGGUUGCUGUGGGUGAGGACCUGCCCUUGGCUCUGCAGAGCCCGAGGGGCUUGGGUCGCUCCUGGGGCCGGGGCUGCUCGGUCCCAGCACUGAAGGAUGAGCUCCUGCUCGGCAGGACUCGGCACUGGCAGCUCUCAGCACUUUGGGGUUCAUCUCCUGCUCUGCUGCCUUUGGACUCUGGAAACUGGUGCAGGAUGGCCCCGGGCAGGGGGGAGUGGAGCUGCUGCCCUGCGCCGGGAUGCACUUUGUGGGUGGAGCUGGCGAGCUCCAGCACUAAAGGGUUAUU